UGGAUUUUGGUUAAGUUAAUCUAAACCCAAGGAGUGGUUAAGUCACCGAAAGGCCAAAACGACAAAGCAGUUUGGCAUGUUAAAAACCCGCCCAAGGAGAAAGCCCUCACGCACCUAACCAAACCCCAUAGAGAGGAAAAACAGAUAGAGAUAGAAAGAGAGAGAGAAGCUGAGAAAAUGGCCGUCUCGUCGUUCCAGUGCCCUACGAUCUUCUCCUCUACCUCCAUCCCCGGCUUCCAAUGCCGUUCUGAUCCAGAUCUCGCCGGUUCUCCGAUCGGAGGAUCAUCUCGCCGCCGUUUCAAUGCCACCGCCGGUAUGUCGUCGUCAUUCACCGGCGACGGUCGGAUAUCGUCGAUGAUCUUGAGAUUUCCGCCUAAUUUCGUCCGUCAGCUGAGUAUCAAAGCCCGCAGAAACUGUAGCAACAUCGGUGUUGCGCAGAUCGUGGCGGCUAAGUGGUCCAACAACCCAGCCUCCGGGUUACCAUCGGCGGCGGCGGCGGCUGCCUCGUCUGCUCCUGCGGUUUCUUCCUCCGCAGCUGCAGCCGCAGCCUUGUCUGCCGCCGCCGCCCCCGCCCCUGCGGCUACCAUUCCUCCCGUCGCGCUGAAUGGCGUCGAUGAGGAGGUUGUGGUGGCCGAGGGGAUUAGGGAGAUAGCUAGUGUACAGUUGAAGGAUUCGAAACCCUCAUUUUUGAGCUCCGAUGGGAGCCUGACUGUUCAUGCUGGCGAAAGAUUAGGUCGUGGUAUAGUCACGGAUGCUAUCACUACUCCUGUAGUCAACACAUCUGCCUACUUUUACAAGAAAACUUCCGAUCUUAUUGACUUCAAGGAGAAACGGAGUGAAAGCUUCGAGUAUGGUCGUUAUGGAAACCCUACGACGGUGGUACUUGAGGAGAAGAUAAGUGCUCUUGAAGGUGCUGAAUCAACCUUGGUUAUGGCAUCUGGGAUGUGUGCGAGCACUGUGAUGCUUUUGGCAUUGGUUCCUGCUGGUGGACACAUUGUGACAACUACAGAUUGCUAUAGAAAGACAAGAAUCUUCAUGGAGACUUUUCUUCCCAAGUUGGGGAUCUCUGUCACUGUGAUUGAUCCUGCUGAUAUCGCUGGGCUUGAAGCUGCUGUGAACAAGUACAAAGUUUCUAUGUUCUUCACCGAGUCCCCGACAAACCCAUUCCUUAGAUGUGUCGACAUUGAGCUGGUUUCAGAAAUAUGCCACAAAAGGGGAACUCUUGUUUGCAUUGAUGGCACCUUUGCAACACCUCUGAAUCAGAAAGCCCUUGCUCUGGGUGCUGAUCUCGUCGUGCACUCUGCUACAAAAUACAUCGGAGGACACAACGAUGUUCUUGCUGGGUGCAUCUGUGGCUCGCUGAAGGUGGUAUCAGAAAUUCGCAACCUGCAUCAUGUGUUGGGAGGCACACUUAACCCGAACGCUGCGUACCUAAUCAUCCGAGGCAUGAAGACAAUGCAUCUUCGUGUACAGCAACAGAACUCCACUGCCUCAAGGAUGGCCGAAGUUUUAGAGGCACAUCCUAAGGUGAGUCAUGUAUACUAUCCAGGCCUUCCAAGUCAUCCCGAACAUCACAUCGCCAAGCGACAAAUGACUGGUUUUGGUGGUGUGGUCAGUUUCGAGAUUGAUGGAGACAUUGAAACUACGAUAAAGUUUGUGGAUUCUCUCAAGAUUCCUUACAUCGCACCAUCUUUUGGUGGCUGUGAAAGCAUCGUGGACCAACCCGCCAUUAUGUCCUACUGGGAUCUGACGCAAGCGGAGAGGCUAAAGUAUGGAAUCAAAGACAACUUGGUUCGUUUCAGCUUUGGAGUUGAAGACUUUGAGGAUGUCAAAGCUGACGUUCUUCAAGCACUCGAAGCCAUCUGAUAUUGCAAUAUUUCACCCCCAACGCUGCUGUCGUUUACGUGAUCUUUGUCUUGUCUUUCCUUUUCUUUUUUCAUCUCCCUGUUUCAGUCACAGUCAUAAUGUCUUUGAACUAUUGUUCCGCGACAUUUACCGUUUCAAAAUAAUCGUGAACUUAUUAUGUUUGAUAAUCGUGGACAUGUUAAGUUUGAUGGGCAAGAACGAAAAGCCUCGGGUCUUUUAGAGGAUUAAAUAAAAUAGUAGGUUGCAUCUAAGCGACCAAUGUGACCAUUGCUUUGUGGUAAGAGCACGUAACGUUCG